AUGUCUGAUAAUGACAGAAGGUCUAAAAUAUGGAUUACAGGACCGAAAAAUCGAAGAAAUCUUGCGUCAUACGCCCAUCGCCAUAAUUAUUCACUUAUUCGAGACGACAAUAUUACUUUGAAUUUAGCUUUAAAAGAGUACACAAAAGUAUGGGCAAAAGUUGAUGUUUUGAUAAAACACCUGAAUUAUUCUGAUUGGCUUCUCUGGAUUGAUUCAGAUUUAUUGAUAAUGAAUUUCGAGCGACGUUUAGAAACAUUCAUACCGAGAAAUGAUCAUAUCGAUAUUGUGAUUACUGCUGAUAAACUUGGAAUAAAUGCUGGAAUUUUUUUCUGGCGAAAUAGUCCUUCAGGUCGCGAAAUAUUUGAAAAAUGGAAAUUGAUGGCAACAUCACACAGUCAUGAACAAAGACAACUGGCUUCCCUUAUUAAAACUGAUGUGAACAUAUCCAGACGCGUUCUAAUUUUACCCCUAUGUGCUUUUAACAGCUAUAUGAUAGCUAAUUAUUUGACGACGCACUACGAAUACGGAGAUUUCGCUGUACACUUCGCAGGCGCUGCAUGGAAUCUUGAAACACAUAUCUUCAAUAAGUAUGGAUGGGAUCUCUUCAAUCAUUUUGCCGAUCUUGCUAGUACUGAUGGAGUUACUUUGAAGAAGUAG